GAUGGUGUGAAGUACAAGUUCGUGAAAACAAUUUUCAGCUGUAAUCAUGUCUACGACACGCGUUAAAACGAGAGAAACCAAAACGGGAGAAAUUAUUGCGUACAGUGAUACAGCCAUACGAAACAAUGCAUCCGCAGUGGAAUAUUGCCGAACUUCCAUGGCAGCAUUAUCGGGAAGUACUGCAGGUGUUUUGGGACUUACCGGUGUGCUAGGAUUUCUGUUCUAUGUGCUGGCCGUUCUAGGCCUGUGGCAGAUGCUGCUAUUGAAGUCGGGAUCCAAUUGGCAGAAGUAUUUCAUCAGCAGGAAAAGCCUUCUCACCCAUGGGUUCCUGAGCGGUCUGUGCACUUACGUACUGUUCUGGACAUUCCUGUACGGUAUGGUGCACGUGUACUGAGCGAACGCGACGUACGCAUCGGGUCACGACGAAAACCUAGGCUAAUACUUUGGUAAAUUAUUUUUUCUCCAAAUACACAUACCAUCUUUUA